AUGACUCCUCCGCCACAGGGAGACUCAAGGGGGGAGAAGAUGAGAGGGGAGGAGGAAGUGGAGAGGAAGUACCUAAUCACUUCUCCACGGCCAAGUUUACUGAACUACUCUCAUGAUGGAGUGAUAUCGUCCCCACUGCAGAAGCCCUUGGACCUGAAACAGCUCAAACAGAGGGCUGCUGCUAUACCACCCAUUUUGCCAGAAGCCGCCUUGCAGGCCGUUCAGCGGAGUGGUGGCAAGUCACUGCUGCCCCCCCACGCCCUGGCAUUGUACCAGCAGCAGAUCACCAUGGCUCACGGGGAGUCCUCUCAGGAGGUCAAAAUGCAGCAGCAGCAACAGCUGCUCUCGGGCCAGCCCGGCAAACAGCAGCCGUACACCAUGCAGUCGGAGAGAGACAGAGAGGCUCUUCACAGCAUCAGUCCUCGCAUGCGCCCCCGCAGCCCCUCCACCAGCGACAAGGAUGAGCUGGAAGGCAACGAGAGGUGGUUACUGACCCUCCUGCAGGGAUUAAAAAAAUCCCGGUCUUUCUCUCCGCACGGUGAAGCUAAGAAGCAGGCGAUGGGCCCCGACGACCUGAGGACCUCCAACAUGGGUCGUCCCGUUCUCUCCCCCUAUCCCAUGUCCCCACGAGACAUGGUCAAGAUCAGUCACGACCAGCACCUGCUCCACUUCAACUCGUUCCAGCAAACAGGCCACCCCUCACUGCCUAAUCUGCCACAGGACAGUGGAAGGCUAGCAGCAGUGAGACCCCUCACGAUGCCUGAUCCCCCUCCUCUUAUUUCCUCCUCCAAGCCAGGAGGCUCCAUCACACAGGGCACCCCAGUGCAGCUGCACAGCCCUGCUCAUGGGCUGGACCACGGGAAGAUGACCCCCACACAGAUGGGGUUGUCUUGGAUGGAUCCGAGGAAAGUGGGCGGUCCUUUCCCCGUGAUAAAGCAGGAACAGUUGUCUCCUCGAAGCUCUUCCUCUCAAGCUGACAACAUGCCAACCCAGGGGUCGCCUCACGAUGGUGCCUCUGGACGUGGUUCUAUUCCAGCAGUUCAGGGUGGUAGUAUCACUAAGGGCAUCCCAGGGACCAGAAUGCAUCAGGAUUCCCCAAUCUCCUACCGAGGGGGAUCCAUUACUCAGGGGACACCGGCUGAUGUGCUGUAUAAGGGAACCAUUACCCGUCUGAUCAGUGAGGACAGCGCCUGCCGAGCUGAGAGGGAACGGGACGAGGCGAUAUCUAAAGGCCAUGUGGUUUACGAGGGCAUCAGUGGACACAUUCUCACAUAUGACCUUGCAUCUCUGUCUUUUGCAGGCCCACCUUCUCAGAGCAUUAAAGAUGAAGGCAGAGGCCCCGGGCAAUCUGCAGAACUUCUGGGUCUGAAGCGUCCUUAUGACAUUAUGGAUGGAGGCAUCUCCAGAGGACUGCCUAUGAGGGAUUCACUGUCUGCUGCCAACUGUGAAGGUCUGAUUGGUCGAGCCAUGCCUCAUGACCGGGACAGUCCACACCACCAACAUUACAAAGACGCUCAUCACAUCCGUGGCUCGAUCUCACAAGGUAUACCUCGUCAUCUAGACCCUCAGGAUGGCUACCUGAGGAGGGAAGCUAAGCAGAUGAAGAGAGAGAACUCCCCACCCCGCGGGCCCGGGUCUCUUUCGGACCCAAUGAAGGGCUCCAUGGUGCCGACAGUGAAGGAGGCAGGGCGCUCCAUCCACCUCAUUCCCAGGGAGCCUGGCAAGGAGGGCAUCAUAGCACAGGGAACACCCAUGAAGCAGGAGCCAUCCGGUUCAGGGAAGCGUCACGAUGUCCGCUCCAUCAUAGCCAGUUCACCACGUUCCUACCACAACCCAGCCUCACACCUGGAGAUGCGGGCUGAGAGGGGCCGCUACGAAGAGGCGCCAAAAGGCCGGCCCAGCGCCGUUGUCAGUACAGCUAGCAGUAUCGCUCGCUCUUCUCCCCUUACCCUGGGGUCAGAGCAGGGAGGCAAGUCCCAUCAUAGUCCAGGGGGCUACGAGGACAAAGCCGCCUUAAGGGCCCCUUACCCCGGGCCUUCGCACCGUGGCUCCCCUCUGUCCAGGGAGGCAAGCCAAAGGCAACACGAUGGUUCAAGUAAGAAUCCGACUCAGGAGCGCAAAUCCACACCGACCCCCAGAGAGAUGAAUGCCACCAAAUCACCGCUCCAAGGUGUUCCAGAUCAGCAGACCUACGAGCGCCUGCUGCAGGGUCUAGGGGCUGCAGACGUGUACCGUCAAAUCCCCAUAGCCUUCGACCCUGCAUCGCUGCCCCGGGGCAUCCCCAUUGACCCAGCGGCCUACUACUUGCCUCGCCACCUAGCGCCCAACCCAGCGUACCCUCACCCCUACCCCUACCUCAUUCGUGGCUUUCCCGACACAACGGCCCUGGAGAACCGCCAGACGCUGCUCAACGACUACAUCACCUCGCAGCAGAUGCACCAGUGGCCUGCAGCGGCUGCCAUGGCCGCCCAGCGCUCUGACCUGCUGAGGGGCCUCACCCCUCGAGACCAGCCCCUUCAGAUGCCCUACUCUCAAGCCCCACGUGGAAUCAUCGAUCUUUCUCAGGUGCCACACUUACCUGUCCUGGUCCCUCCCUCUGCAGGGGCCACCGGAGGCCCAAUGGAUCGCAUCACCUACAUCCCCGGGGGAGCAGCCUCCUUCCCUGGCAGGCCUUACACCACCUCCCCCAUCUCACCUGUGCACAUGAACAAGAUGCAAGGCGCAUCUUCAGAGCGGGAGCGCGAGAGAGAGCGGGAGCGCGAGAGAGACCGUGAGCGUGACAGAGAGAGGGAGAGAGAGAGGGACCGGGAACGCGACCGAGAGAGAGAUCGGGAAAGAGAGCGGGAGAGAGACCGAGAAAGGGACCGGGAGAGAGAAAGGGACAGAGACCGGGACCGAGAGAAGGGCGGGUCUAUGGGGAAUGUGGAGCACGCGCCCAUCUGGAGACCAGGUACAGAGCACAGCUUGGCCAGCAGUAGCAGCUGCAGUGUGAGACCCUCCUCCCAACCGUACAGCCACCAGCACUCCCCCGUAUCCCCUCGCACCCAGGACAACAUGCAGCAGAGGCCGAGCGUCCUGCACAACACCGGGGGCAAGAGUCUUUCUGUCAGCGACCACUCCGGCUCUGUGUUUCGGUCCAUGUCCUCCGGGUCGGCCCGCUACCAAGGUUACCCUGGCCACCUCCAGAGGACAGGUGUCCCCCCUGAGGCCUACCAACCUGCCAUGGACUCGGGUGUAGCCAAAGAGCGCGAUGGAGGCAAAAACAGGGGUGGUCUACCCAAGCACAUGCAGGACCAGCACGGGCCCUCCAGUAAAUCUGAGCCCAAACUGUCCAGCCCAGGAGGGAUGUACCCCGGGUCCUACAGCUCGCCUUCAGGCCGGCCCCAGCACCUGCUGCCUCACCAGUCGGAUAACCCCCCUGGCCGCGGAGAAAGUGGUACACCUAGUAGGGAAAAGACUCAAAACAAAGCGAUGUCCAUUCAGGAACAAGAGCUCCGAGCACUCGCUCAACAGAAUAUGGAGACACACGGUCUGUACCGUCCCCCGUCUGAGGAGAGACUGUCUCCGGGCCAGCAGCCCUCCUCCCCCAGUGUUAAAGGCAGCCAGCGGGUGGUCACCCUGGCACAGCACAUCAGUGAGGUGAUAACUAAAGACUACACCAGGCAGAGCCAGCAGCAGAGCUACCAUGGCUCUCCUGUCCUGGACCUCACCCGCCCCCCCAGUGCCUCCCAGCUCCCCCCCACCUCACAAGAGUUGGCCCAAGGGUCCCGAUAUCAAGAGGCCCACUGUGGAGAACGCAACAGAGACAGGUCUCCUCCUCAGCCCAAGACUUCCCCCAUCAGUGUUUGUAACGAUGGCAUCGAGCCGGUGUCUCCUGCUGGAGCCAGCUCUGAACCUGAAGUCCAGGGAGGGGCCUCGUACUGCAGCGAGCAGGGGGAGCAAGGAAUGGGCUCCCGCUCCCCUCCGAACACCUCGCAGCCUCCGGCUUUCUUCAGCAAGUUGACCGAGAGCACCUCGGAUAUUGUGAGGUCAAAGAAACAGGAGAUGAUUAAGAAGAUGACGGUGGUGGGAAAUGACGGUGAUUUCAAUGCUGGUCAACCAGGAACAGAAAUCUUCAAUAUGCCAGCGUCAACAAAUGCAGGACCUGUGGCCCCCCGCCCCCAUCCAGCUUCAGAACAACCCGGUAACUCCAUAGGCCUGGAGGCCAUUAUAAGAAAGGCCUUAAUGGGCAAAUAUGACGAUCAGCCUGAGGAACGCUCUCCCUCCAACCUGAUGGGCCCGGGGGGGGUCCCUGCAGCCGACGGACGUGGUGAAGACUUCUUCUCACAAGGUGGUGGAAAGUCCUCAAAGGGCAGCGGGCGCUCUAAUGGACGCAAGGCUAAAUCUCCAGGACCGGGUCUGUCGGGGGGGGAGAGACCCUCCUCCGUGUCCUCAGUCCACUCUGAGGGAGAUUGCAACCGAAGGACUCCUCUAACCAACCGCGUGUGGGAGGAUCGGCCUUCAUCCACAGGUUCGACUCCAUCUCCCUUCCCCUGUAAUCCGUUGAUAAUGCGUUUCCCCAGCGGGACAGUGUCCGCCCCCUCCCCCUCCUCUGGUCAGCUGGGGGGCCCGGUGCCGGGACCUGGACAGGGCCGCUCCUGGGAGGAGGAGCCCAAGCCUCUGCUCAUGUCUCAGUACGAGACCCUGUCUGACAGCGAGUGACCGGGAACCUAUCGAACCACAAGAACCUUCUAACAGUCAACCAACGCUCUGCUGCUGAAGACACACACACACCCACACACACACACACACACACACACACACACACACACACACACACACACACACACACACACACACACACACACACACACGCACACGCACACACCUGCAAACCUACCAACACCAUUCCACUCUGCAUUUCCUCCUUCUCCGUCGGAUCAUGUCCUUCUCCUAACACACAACGAGAUGCAAAGCAGCGAAGAGCUGAGACACUGCUGCUCAGUGUGUGUGUGUGUGUGUGUGUGUGUGGGGGUGUGGGGGUGUGGGGGUGUGGGUUUGCACUUACGUGUUAUGCAUUCACUCCAGGACUACCCUAAAGGACAAAUCACUUUUUUUCUCUCUUUUUUUUUUUUUACUUUACUACUUUUCCUCACUGGCCUUAUCAAUAUAGACACAUUAACCUGCACCUUCUGGGUGUUCCGCUCUGAUGUGCUGACACUUGUUGUGGAAGGGACCCCGGGGUCGUGUUGUUGGUCUGUCGACGGCCCCUGUCGCGCAGAUCUGACCUGAGAGCAGCGGCCCCCACAUUGAGGACCCUCUGGAGUUCUCGCGGUGUCCUCACGGUGCAGGCGGCCUGUGCUGCCACUACAAGAACACGUGCGAGGCGACGGGAGGAGAAUCAACAUCUCGUUUUUCUUGUUUCGGUUCUUUGUUUUGCUUCUUUAAAUUCAGUCAGUCCAGUCCUGUGUUUGGAACGUGAGCUGAGACCGUUAGUACAUUUUGAUGGUGAACUUUUGAUGGUGUCAUUUUGUUGUCUAUUAUCUGCAAUGAUGUAUCUUUUUUGGGGCCGGGGUGGGGGGGGACAGAGAUUGUUAUGCGGGGAGGGUCAUAUCAUUGGUUUACAGGGUAAACAUGCUGUUCAUUGCUGAUGUCGUCAUUAGGGGGGAGGGGGGGGGGGAUCCUGAGGAACAGUAAAGGCCUGUUGAUCUCAGGCAAGGGGAGAGAUGAUUUGCCAGACGGAUGGCACUGAAACAAGUGACACUUUCUCACUGUUUUUAUAUUAAUCAUGUCUGUGUUUGUUGAACGUUUUUUGGAUAUUAAGCACUUAGUAGUCAGUCUGUUCACAAUGGCAUUUUUAAGAUUCAGUUUCCUGGUACAGGUGCAAAAUGGACUCAAGAACAGCGUAUAAAUCCCACUGUAUCUUUUAAUCUGUUUAUUUUGGUCUUGCUACCGAUAUUCUUUAUCGCUCCCACACUCAAAGCGACAAUCACAUUUUAGUGAACGAGGACUAAGCCGCUGCGAGCAGGUGCAGACCGACCUUAAAGCUGCUUAAAGGUGAACUCCUCAGCAUCACUUUGGAGUUUGCCUGCAUUAAAGAGAGGUGAAAAAGCCAUCUUUCUACAACCCUUGGUCCAUGGCGGUGUCAGCUUCAGCUGGCCUGCUGCGAUCCUGUCUAGGAGCUGUUGUGACGGUCUGACCUCUGACCUUUUACUGCCUAGAGGGGGAGCUGAGACCCGACUCCUCACCCUGGCAGAUUUUGUACAGUUAUGAGAUAUUCCUAGUGUUAAGUGCCAUUUAUUUUACAUAUACAGUACUGAAGUUACCAAGUGACGCACAAUUUUUCUUUUAACCCCCCAUGACAGUUAAUACUGUCCAAGCAGGGAAUUAUGAUAAAGCAAAACCGGAAAGGAAAAAUGUCCUCUUUUAAAAAAGAAAAAUUAAAAAAAAACGUUUUGUGUGCAUUUUUUCUUUACUUCGAAAUCCAUCACAGCCUUAGCUUUGAACUCUUUCACUUAUUGGAUUCAUCUUCAAACUGAUGCUGUGUCACAGCUAACCGGGCCAUGUCAUGCUUCAAGUGUACUUCAUUGCAUCUGCUGUGUUUGUACUGUUCAGAAGAAGUGGGGGGGGAGGCAUUCAAAAGCAUUCUGGUUGUUUUAUGUAACACGAGUUGACAUGUUGUCACAGUUUACUGCAGCAUUGUAAAGGUCGCCCUCUGUGCAAAUGAUGUGUGAAAUGUUUUCGGCUUGUGACUUUGCGCAACCAGGGACGAACUCUGUCCUCUGACUGAAAAACUGCAGCGAUGACAGUGAGCUCGGUCAGUGGUUUAGGAAGAUUUACCUCUCCAUCUCUCGCUCAUUUUCUCACUGUUGAUUCUCACAAACGGGACUGUUAAAGGACUACAUCCUCUUCCUCCUUCAUCCCACCUGCCACACCUGCAGAAAGCUCAGCCAUCUUUUCGGCCUGUUUUCAUUUUCUAUCAAGACUGAAGGAGGGUUUUAAAUUUCAGCAGGCAUGGCAGAAAAACAGCCAGGCUUUGUACAUUGGUUUCUGCUCGUAUAUCAUUGAUCCACUGAUGAAAUUGAAGAAUGUGAUGGUAAACAGACUAAGCCAUAUCCAGCUGUUCCCUAAACUGAUGUCGGACUAAAACAUUGUUUUUAAAAGUAUACUGAAACAAAUUUUAACAUGCAUCCAUUUGGUUCAUUGUUCUUACAGUUUGUAUCAAUUUCUGUCUCGUCACAAAUCUCAAGUAAUCAUUCAAAACGUGAAGAGACGGAGUUCAAUUCAUGAUGUGUUCCCUGGACUGUCAAAGGGGGGUGGGCGGGGGAUCGACAUAAACAGUACAUUGUUCAACCAUUCUGUGCAUAAUGAUUUUUUUUUAUUAUAACCCACUGUAUAAUAGCAAGGAUUGUAUAUAAAACUGAAGAGAUGUAAAUAUUUAUGUGGCUUGCUUCAAGGUUGGUAUUACAAAAAAUUAAAAAAAUUAAAUAAAUAUUCACAUGGUUAAAUUCUACAUGCCCACCAGCAAGCUUUGUGGAUAGCAGUGUAAAAUGAAAAACAAAAAAGACACUGCCUUAAUGUUUAAAUAAAAAGCUUAUUGCCAUU